ACUGUCUGGAUUUAUUUGCUGCUGUCACUAUUUGUCUUUUUUUAUCUUUGUACUCCUGUAUUUUUAGCAUCUGGCCUCUUUUAAGAGUGAGGCAGUGUCAGUAAAUAAAUUGAAUUAGAGGCAUUAUUUUACUUCAAAGUAAGUGCAUGAUUUAAUUUAUAAAGAUACUGUUAUGGCGUUUCUCUUGCUUGAGAAGCUGUGCUGCUGCAUCAGUUUGCAGUUUCUCAUUUGUGGGUGUUCAGCACCAAUAAAACCAGGCACUAAUCUUUCUUCUUGUUACUUCUCUCCAGACAGGUUCAGUGGUUGGAGGCAGAAAGCUUCUAUUUCUGCUGUAUCUGUCUUACCUGUUAGUUCAUGUCACGUUCUAGUAGCUGUGGUACUCUUGCCUCCAGUGAGCACACUUAUCCCAGUGUUUCUGGUCCAUGGAGGAGAGAUCCAGUUCAGAGAGAAGGUGCUAUGGACAGCCAUCACGCUCUUCAUUUUCUUAGUAUGCUGCCAGAUACCUUUGUUUGGAAUCAUGUCAUCAGAUUCUGCAGAUCCGUUCUAUUGGAUGCGAGUUAUUCUUGCAUCAAACAGAGGUACUUUGAUGGAAUUGGGUAUCUCCCCCAUUGUGACUUCUGGUUUGAUCAUGCAGCUGCUGGCUGGAGCGAAGAUCAUUGAAGUUGGUGACACUCCAAAAGACAGAGCCCUGUUCAAUGGAGCUCAGAAGUUAUUUGGGAUGAUUAUUACCAUUGGGCAAGCCAUUGUGUAUGUUAUGACUGGAAUGUAUGGAGAUCCUGCUGAAAUGGGUGCUGGAAUUUGUCUUCUUAUUAUAAUUCAGCUGUUUGUUGCUGGUUUGAUUGUGUUGCUGUUGGAUGAGUUGCUACAGAAAGGCUAUGGCUUGGGAUCUGGUAUCUCCCUGUUUAUUGCUACCAAUAUCUGUGAAACCAUUGUCUGGAAGGCCUUCAGUCCUACUACCAUCAACACUGGCAGAGGGACAGAGUUUGAGGGGGCUGUGAUUGCCUUAUUUCACCUUCUGGCUACAAGAACCGACAAGGUCCGGGCUUUGCGGGAAGCUUUUUACCGACAGAAUCUACCCAAUCUCAUGAACCUGAUUGCUACAGUGUUUGUAUUUGCUGUAGUCAUCUAUUUCCAGGGGUUUCGUGUUGAUUUACCCAUCAAAUCUGCACGCUACCGGGGACAGUACAGUAGCUAUCCGAUCAAGCUCUUCUAUACCUCCAACAUUCCCAUCAUUCUGCAGUCUGCCCUAGUUUCAAACCUCUAUGUCAUUUCCCAGAUGCUGUCCGUUCGUUUUAGUGGCAACUUCUUGGUGAAUUUACUAGGACAAUGGGCAGACGUCAGUGGUGGUGGCCCUGCUCGCUCUUACCCUGUUGGUGGCCUGUGCUACUACCUGUCCCCCCCUGAAUCCAUGGGUGCAAUAUUUGAGGAUCCUGUCCAUGUCAUAGUUUAUAUCAUAUUUAUGUUGGGAUCCUGUGCGUUCUUCUCCAAGACUUGGAUUGAGGUGUCUGGCUCAUCAGCGAAAGACGUUGCCAAGCAACUCAAAGAGCAGCAGAUGGUGAUGAGAGGCCACAGGGACACUUCAAUGGUUCAUGAGCUGAACAGGUAUAUCCCUACAGCUGCUGCAUUUGGUGGAUUGUGCAUUGGUGCCCUUUCAGUACUGGCUGACUUCCUGGGUGCCAUUGGCUCGGGCACUGGCAUUCUGCUGGCAGUCACUAUUAUUUAUCAGUACUUUGAAAUAUUUGUAAAAGAACAGGCUGAGGUUGGAGGAGUAGGUGCAUUAUUUUUCUAGCUGUCCAAACAUUUCAUGGUUUGUGUGGAAAGGGAAAGUAUUUUGACAACAUGCAUCAUUUAAUCCAACAAUGCUAUUUUCUUUUGACUUGUUUUCAAGUGCUGGGUGGCCCAUUCCUGGAAUGGGCACCGAGCAGCGCCUGUGAGCAGCAUUAGUACCGGCUGCCUUAAGAAUCCAGUUUACAUUAUCUAUCUUGUUUAAGUAUUAUCUAGUGUUGCCUGUGAUGCUGGAAACCAGUUCAUCUACCUUGCUGUCCAAACACUGCAGUGAGAUGCUCAAAUGUAUCAGUUUGGUGUCAGUAAACACUUUUUGCACACAGUAUUCAAAUGUUAACUUUGUCUCCCUGUCCUUAAGAGAAAAAAGAAAUCUGAAUUCAAAAUUAAUUGCCAUGUGACAAAAUGUAUCUGGACCUUGAAUUUUAUGUUAGUUUUUUAUACUUUUUUAACUUGCAUUUCCCCAUCACUGAACUGGGCACUCCUUCUUUUGCACUGUCUCCACUCGGGCAUUUCUCUCUUAGCUCUGAGGGUGGACAGUCAUGUUUUACCAGAGGCUGAUACGCAUCUCACCUGGGAGCUGGUUCAGGGGUGGGUUUGCUGCAUCACAGGGCCCAGGGAUCUUGCCCUGCUGUGGGGGGGACAGUGUGGUGGCAGCUGCUGUCCCACUGGGAAUUGAGCCCCGCUGUUCCAUUUCAACCUGUACUUGUGCAAGCUGUGCCCUUAAAACUUCACGUCCACUUUGCUUCUGUGAGUUUAAAGAACAAGGCCUGGUUCCUCAAGCACUGUUCAGGGGAGGGAAAGGGAGAAUGAGGAGUUCCUGCUGCAGAUCUUUGUCGCACUUUACAGCGGCAAUGUACAACUGUAAACGUUAGACAAUAAACUUAUUUAAUUAAGCUC